AUGGUUGCUAAAAAGAGAAACACGCUUAGAGGGAAAGCAAGUGCAAGAAAUAACCAAAAAUUUGGGGCAGACGUGGUGAAUGACGGCAUUGUGGAUGAGAAGUAUGACUUAGAAUCUGAUCCAAGGGCCUUUUUGCACCAACCUAAGGAAACUAAAAAGGAAAAACUUCUUAAUAGACAGAGUACAUUCUUAUCCCACUUAAAAGAAAAAUCUGCACCUAGCGAUGGCCUAAGUGCCAAUUUUGACGGUAUUUCUAAAUCUUCCAUUAGACGUAGGAAGAGAAAGCUAAGAGAAGAACUAAAACCAAGAAUGCAGGAUCUGCUCACUUCUUUAGAGCAAGAAAAGGACUUACAGGACAUCAUCGAAAAGAGGAAUAUGACGAUGGAUGAUGAUAAAGACAUCGAUAUGGAUUCUAGGAUAAGGAUUGUAGACGCAAAGGAAAUACGUUCGAAGGAAGCAGAACCUGGAUCCAUAAAAAUAAAGAAGAAUCAGCCAAAUAUCAGGAACCAAAGGGGUGCAAAGGCUCUAGCGGCUAAUGAAACUGCAAGGUUCAAUCAGGUUCUAACCAACCAAGAUUUCCAGAAAAAUCCAUUUGGUGCCUUGAGGGAGGUUAUCAAGUUGCAAAAGCAAUGA